AUGUGGACUACUGACCCAAGGCAGACGUGUACUGUAAAACUGAUUCCAAGAAGACCUGGAUCUACAGACCUUGAAGCCAGUAGUGGUGGUAUGGGAGAUUUCUCUCUGACUGGUAGUGAUGGUGGUGUGGGAGAUUUCUCUCUGACUGGUAGUGAUGGUGGUGUGGGAGAUUUCUCUCUGACUGGUAGUGGUGGUGGCGUGGGAGAUUUCUCUCUGACUGGUAGUGAUGGUGGUGUGGGAGAUUUCUCUCUGACUGGUAGUGGUGGUGGUGUGGGAGAUUUCUCUCUGACUGGUAGAGUGGUGAUGAGUGGUGGUGGUGUGGGAGAUUUCUCUCUGACUGGUAGUGAUGGUGGUGUGGGAGAUUUCUCUCUGACAGGUAGUGGUGGUGGUGUGGGAGAUUUCUCUCUGACUGGUAGUGGUGAUGGUGUGGGAGAUUUCUCUCUGACUGGUAGUGGUGGUGGUAUGGGAGAUUUCUAUUUGACUGGUAGUGGUGGUGGUGUGGGAGAUUUCUCUCUGACUGGUAGUGGUGGUGGUGUGGGAGAUUUCUCUCUGACUGGUAGUGGUGAUGGUAUGGGAGAUUUCUCUCUGACUGGUAGUGGUGGUGGUGUGGGAGAUUUCUCUCUGACUGGUAGUGGUGAUGGUGUGGGAGAUUUCUCUCUGACUGGUAGUGGUGGUGGUAUGGGAGAUUUCUAUUUGACUGGUAGUGGUGGUGGUGUGGGAGAUUUCUCUCUGACUGGUAGUGGUGGUGGUGUGGGAGAUUUCUCUCUGACUGGUAGUGGUGAUGGUAUGGGAGAUUUCUCUCUGACUGGUAGUGGUGGUGGUGUGGGAGAUUUCUCUCUGACUGGUAGUGAUGGUGGUAUGGGAGAUUUCUCUCUGACUGGUAGUGGUGGUAUGGGAGAUUUCUCUCUGACUGGUAGUGGUGGUGGUGUGGGAGAUUUCUAUUUGACUGGUAGUGGUGGUGGUGUGGGAGAUUUCUCUCUGACUGGUAGUGGUGGUGGUGGUAUGGGAGAUUUCUCUCUGACUGGUAGUGGUGAUGGUAUGGGAGAUUUCUCUCUGACUGGUAGUGGUGGUGGUAUGGGAGAUUUCUCCCUGACUGGUAGUGAUGGUGGUGUGGGAGAUUUCUCUCUGACUGGUAGUGGUGGUGGUGUGGGAGAUUUCUCUCUGACUGGUAGUGGUGGUGGUGUGGGAGAUUUCUCUCUGACUGGUAGUGGUGAUGGUGUGGGAGAUUUCUCUCUGACUGGUAGUGGUGGUGGUGUGGGAGAUUUCUCUCUGACUGGUAGUGGUGGUGGUGGUAUGGGAGAUUUCUCUCUGACUGGUAGUGGCGGUGGUGGUAUGGGAGAUUUCUCUCUGACUGGUAGUGGUGGUGGUGUGGGAGAUUUCUCUCUGACUGGUAGUGGUGGUGGUGUGGGAGAUUUCUCACUGACUGUCGUGGUGGUUUGGGAGAUUUCUCUCUGA